AUGGCCAAGUCCCAGAAGACCGUGCCAGCCUUUCCUCAGACAGAAGGGGUCCAGGCAGCUGCCGCCGUCCCCAUCCUUCUGUCUGACCUGCGGCACAGUGGCUUUGACCAUCUCCUGCACCAGGGCAUCUGCCGGCCCACCCGGCGCCUCUGCAGCCCCACCUCAGCUCCAACCCCCAAGUUGUCAAAGAAGCCCAAGAUGCAGGCCACAGGGGACACGUUCCCCACCGACUGGAGCCCACCGCACUUCAAGUUCCUGACCCCAAGGGCACUGCAAGCUGGCAGGAGGGUGGGCACAGUGGGGCCUCGGGGCCUGAGGAGACUGGCCUGCUGGGUGCCCAUGGAGUUAGAGCAGAAGCCCCAGGCCUCAGACCCCAAGGAGGACCUGGCCUCGCUGGAGGAGCUGUUCAGGAGCGCGGCAGGCCCAAGCCGGCAGGCUGCGGCUCCAGCGGGGAGCCCCAGCACCAUGUUCACCUCCGAGGGCUCAGAAAGCUAUGUCAACAGCUUAGAUUACUUACUACAGGAGAAGAGGGAACAGGCCCUAGAGCAGGAGCUGGAGCAGGAGCCGGAGAAGCUGCCUGUGCAGGACUGUCCUGAUCUUGAUUCCUUGGAUCUCGAUGAGAAGGACAUGCCUCUCACACCAGAGCACAGGAAGCUGGUGGAGAGGUUCUCCAUGUCCCUGCAGGUCAUCCCAUCAGUACAUCCAGGAGAGACCAUAUUUCUACCCAGGCAUCAGCCCCUGCCAUGCAUCCUUGACUGUUCAUACCUGAAGCCCCGUAAUCACCUGGAAGGCCUGUUCCUCAGCUCCCCGCUGGCCCAGCAGCUCUCCUUCCUGCGCAGCGGCCUCCUGGGCAACCUCUACCUGCACACGCUGGCCUGCCCUCUGCCCCUGCUCCAGUGGCUGUUCCAGCUGCUAACAUGGCCUCCAGAAACCUCUUCGGCAGCCUUUGGUCUCCUGUGGGAUCUCAGCAUGGAUGGACUCUUUCGUCAGUCCGGUGAGGAUGCGCACAUGUGGUGCCCUCAGCUGCCAGAGAUCAGGGAGGCACUCCACAGCCUGGGUGCCCACAGCCCUGCCUGGUGCCCACAGGCGCCCGCGGAGCACAGUGGGAGGGUGCCUAAACGUGAGGCUAGCCUGAGCUGUGGUGAGCAGCAGGACACCCCCCAGGAGACCGCCUUGGACAUCAGCCUGAGCUACAUCUGUAAGUUCCUGACACUGUGUGCCCUAGCUCAGCCAGGGGCCACCACCGAUGGGAACCUCCUGGACCUGAUGGAGCUAAUGUGCAGAGCUGGCCUGGACGUGGGGCUGCGCCUGCUGCCCAAAACCGACCUCCAGCAGCUCCUGCUCCAGCUUCUCGAGAACAUCCGGCAGUGGCCGGGAAAGCUGCAGCAGCUGUGCAGUGCCCUGAGCUUGGCGUCGGAUCACCACCACAACCUGCUGGCCCUCGUUCAGUUCUUCCCAGACGUGACCUCCCGGAGCAGGCGGCUCCGGGGCCAGCUCAGCCUCGUAGUCAUUGCCCGGGUGCUGAACCAACAGGAGACACUCCCGCUCUGGCAGGAGAAGGCCCAGCUGUUAGUGCUCAGCCGGCUCCUGAGCCUCAUGAGGCCGUCAUCUCUCGCUCAGCACCUGGACGCUGGGCCCUCGCCACCCUGCCAGGAGCAGCAGCCCAAGGCCAGUGCCGAGCUAGACCACAAGGUCUGCUACCUGUGUCACAGCCUCCUGACACUUGCUGGCGUGGUGGUCAGCUGCCAAGACAUUACUCCAGACCAGUGGGGGGAGCUGCGGCUGCUGUGUAUGCAGCUGGACCGCCACAUCAGCACCCAUAUCCGGGAGAGCCCCGAGGCCAUGCACCGGACCAGACUCAAGGACCUGGCUGCCCAGACCUACAUCCGCUGGCAGGAGCUGCUGUCCCACUGGCAGCCCCAGGCGCAGUACUUCAGCCCCUGGGAAGAGAUCUAA